UCGUGUGCCAAACUGCCAAUCUACCUCAGACAACAAAGCUCCCACCAUGCUCUGUUCCACCUCUGCUCCUCGUGUUCGCAAACCCUGCUCGCAUUAAACCAUAAUACGCGAGCCCCACGGCUUCUCUCAUGACCCCGAUCUCCUUUCCUGCCCACCACAACCGAUGGCCGCCGCUCACCUCCGGUUAUUGCCGCUCUUGCUGCUAACGCUGACAGCGGCGGCCAAGAACGUCACCCUCGACUCUGCCAUACUAUCCUUCGCGGACCUCACGCUGCUGGGGGACUCCUUCCUCCGCAACGGCUCCGUCUGGCUCACCCGGGAUACCGACGUGCCCUCCUCCAGCGCCGGCACCGUGCUCUGCACCCAGCCCGUCGCGUUCCGGGGCCCCGACGCCACGGCCUCCAAUGCCACCGCCGCCGUCGCAUCGUUCGCGGCCAGGUUCUCCUUCGUCAUCGCCAACCCCAACGCGGGCGCCGCGGGGGGCGACGGCAUCGCGUUCUUCAUCUCCCCCGACCGCACCACGCUCGGCGCCACCGGCGGCUACCUCGGCCUCUUCAACUCCUCCAACUCCGCCGCAGCCAAGAACGGCUCCGCGUCCGCCACCAUUGUCGCCGUCGAGUUCGACACCAUGGCCAACCCGGAGUUCGCCGACCCCAGCGACAACCACGUCGGCCUGGACCUCGGCUCGCCGGUCUCCGUCACCGCGGCCGACCUCGCCGCAUCUGGGGUCGACCUCAAGAGCGGCAACGUCACGACGGCGUGGAUCGACUACCGCAGCGCGGACCGCCGCCUGGAGGUGUUCCUGAGCAGCUACGCCGUGGCCGCCAAGCCGAAGCGGCCGGUCCUCUCCGUCGCUGUCGACCUCUCGCCGUACAUCAAGGAGGCCAUGUACGUCGGCUUCUCGGCGUCCACAGAGGGGAGCACGCAGCAGCACACCAUCAAAGGGUGGACCUUCCAGACGUUCGGCUUCCCGCCCACGGCCAACUCAACCUUUGAAUCCAAUGCCACCAGCAACUCUUCAGAGCCGGCCGCGCCAGCGCCACCGCCAGCCUCCAACGCCCCCAACAGCCACAAGAGGAGGGUCGGGAUCGCGCUUGGAAUCCUCGGCCCCGUUGCGCUUGCCCUCGCCUUCAUCUUCUUCGCCUGGGUCUCCAUCAAGAAGCUCAUAGAACUCACCUCCCGGACCGACGCCGCUUUCUCGACCGAGCUGGUCAAGGGCCCGAGGAAGUUCAGCUACAGGGAGCUGAGCGCGGCCACCAGAGGGUUCCACAUGAGCAGGGUCGUCGGCAAGGGCGCGUUCGGGACUGUGUACAAGGCCGCCAUGCCGGGAGCUGCCGCCACCACCUACGCCGUUAAGAGGUCGACGCAGGCGCACCAGAGCCGGAGCGAGUUCGUCGCCGAGCUAUCCGUCAUCGCGUGCCUCCGGCACAAGAACCUUGUCCAGCUUGAGGGGUGGUGCGAGGAGAAAGGCGAGCUGCUGCUGGUGUACGAGUACAUGCCCAAUGGAAGCCUGGACAAGGCCCUCUACGGCGAGCCUUGCACGUUGUCGUGGCCGCAGAGAUACACGGUCGCCGCCGGCAUCGCGUCGGUGCUGUCGUACCUCCACCAGGAGUGCGAGCAGCGCGUCAUCCACCGGGACAUCAAGACCAGCAACAUCCUGCUGGACGUCAACCUGAGCCCGCGCCUGGGCGACUUCGGGCUGGCCAGGCUCAUGGACCACAACAAGAGCCCCGUGUCCACGCUCACCGCGGGGACCAUGGGCUACCUCGCGCCGGAGUACCUUCAGUCCGGCAAGGCCACCGAGCAGACCGACGUGUUCAGCUACGGCGUGGUGCUCCUCGAGGUGUGCUGCGGGAGGCGGCCCAUCGACAAGGACGAGCGCGGCGGGGGCGGCAGGGGCGGCGGGGGCAAGAACGUGAACCUGGUGGACUGGGUGUGGCGCCUCCACGGCGAGGACAGGCUCAUCGAGGCCGCGGACGCACGGUUGGCCGGCGAGUUUGACAAGGCCGAGAUGCUGCUGCUGCUGCUCGUGGGGCUGAGCUGCGCCAAUCCCAACUGUGAGGAGCGUCCCGCGAUGCGGCGGGUGGUGCAGAUCCUCAACCGAGAGGCGGAGCCUGCGCCCGUGCCGCCCAAGAAACCACUGCUGGUGUUCAGCUCCAGCGCGUCCGCGAAGCUGCAGGAGAUCGCCUUCUCCUGUGGCGAUGACGUCCGAGGCGGCUACUCCGUUGCCAAGCCUGCAUCACCAAAGUCCGAGGGAGCCGACAUUGAACGCUGACGCGAAGCAGUCGAUACCAAUUACACUACUACAGAUUUGUUGGUGUGGGAAUAUAUAGGUGCUUCAGUCUGGAAAGUGCUGAUGAAUGCAAAUUCCAUGAGUCAUCUACGGUCUAGAGAAGCUGGCAUUGACGCUUGAUAGCAAGCGAUCAAUGCACUGAUAGUGAAUUACUACUUGUGUGAUUCAUAUAUGCAUUGGCCAUGUGCUCGUGAGGGGAAUAUAGAUUUCAGAGUUCAGAGGAAGCGUCAAAAUUGCUAGGUAGAGCAAAGUGCUGAUGAAUGCAAAUUCCAUGAGUCAUCUACGGUCUAGAGAAGCUGGCAUUGACGCUUGAUAGCAAGCGAUCAAUGCACUGAUAGUGAAUUACUACUUGUGUGAUUCAUAUAUGCAUUGGCCAUGUGCUCGUGAGGGGAAUAUAGGUAAUAAUCCCCUCUGUUGUAUGAAUGUUCAAUACUGAAUAAUGGAGUCAUUUGCUAAGUGUGUUUCUGCA